UCCAGAGUUGUUGGAUAAGCUCAAUCAUGAUCUGAGUCUCAUUUUUCUCCAAUAUGUUCCUUUUAUGUACUUGGAUCGAAAUUUAAUUCAUCUAACUCUGGAUUUACAAAUCAUCAGUUGGACUGACAAGGUCCUUAAAUUCUGUUAAUAAAAACGAGGACAGUCCUUGAGAAAUUUGACUACUCUGGAAUAAAAAAAAAAAAACCUUGAGCCAAGCCAUGUCUCUUGCUUUUUGAAUGUUCAGGAUCUUGAAUUGUUAUUUUUAAAGCCAAAAUAUGGCUAAAAUAUUGUUGAUGCUGUGUAAAACAGCACAAUCUGCAAAUUGCAUGUCAGAAAUAGUUGGAUAAGCAUGAAUUUUCAUUUCACUGUAAAGAUUAGUAAAUUGAUAUGGUUGUAAUAACUCUAUCAAUAUAUUAUCUUUCUCAAUAUAUUAUAUAUUAUACAUAUAUUUUUCAGAGGUGCUCAAGAAGAGAAAACACACUUUGGAAAGUUUUCUUGAUGAUGUAACUUGGGCUACAUCAACAGAUUGCUUCAGCUCAUCAGCAGUUGGUUCUCCAACCACCUGCGAUACAUCUGCAGUGGUCAUUGAAAGUGUUUUUGAUGACAUGAGUUGGGCGACACCAUCUGGCCGUUCAGAAACAGUAGUUACUCCAGGAUCUAUUGCAUGCACUAUGGUUGCCCACUCUCCCAAGUCGGAUGUAGGUCAGAUGACAAAGACCCCGUGUGAUACAUCUGCAGAGGUCAUUGAAAGUUCUCUUGAUGACAUGAGAAGGACAACAUCUGGUUCAGAAACGGUAGUUACUCCAAGAACUAUGACAUGCAUUGCAGUUACCCACCCUCCCAGGUCAGAUGUAGAUCAAUUGGCAGCAACCACGUGUGAUACAUCUGCAGUGGUCAUUGAAAGUGUUUUUGAUGACAUGAGUUGGGCGACACCAUCUGGCCGUUCAGAAACAGUAGUUACUCCAGGAUCUAUUGCAUGCACUAUGGUUGCCCACUCUCCCAAGUCGGAUGUAGGUCAGAUGACAAAGACCCCGUGUGAUACAUCUGCAGAGGUCAUUGAAAGUUCUCUUGAUGACAUGAGAAGGACAACAUCUGGUUCAGAAACGGUAGUUACUCCAGGAACUAUGACAUGCAUUGCAGUUACCCACCCUCCCAGGUCAUAUGUAGAUCAAUUGGCAGCAACCACGUGUGAUACAUCUGCAGAUAUGACAAGUAUGUAUUAA